CAAGAUAUUCAUUUGCUAAAGACGUCGACGGCAGGAUGGCGACUCGCGGGGUAUGGCAACUGCAGAAGUUGACGGUGCGGUACUGCCAGUACGGAGGAAGCAGCAAGAACGUCAGGGAAUUGCUGAAGGAUCCCCGCUUUCUCUCGUUCGUGACUGAGAACCCCCAGGUGUCGUUUGCGACUGAAGUGCAGGGCAACAAGCACCCGGUGCUGAUCGGCGAGUACAUCACCAACGAAACAAAGGUGUGCGACGUCAAGAACCAGGACAUCCCGUUCGUGCUCAAGCAGAUGCAGCGACUGCGCGACACGAGUGGCCGCAAGAUGACCAAAAUCAACGCACCUGUGAUCUCGAAGCGACCAACUAUCCAAGGCAUUUGGCAACCCGAAACACAAGACCAGUUCGAUCAAGUGACCUUCCAAGUCGAGCAUCGCUCGGCGUAAAUAUCUAGAUAGGGUUCUUGUGCAAUGAUAUUUGGACCCCACAACUUGUCGUACUCCCCUCCCUCUUCUGGCUUUACAUGCGAUGAAGAGGAACUUGAGUGCCUAGGCACCUUUCGCACGAA